UUUUACUUUGGGGUAAAAUGAAUGAAGCUGUCAUCGGACUGUCCUGAUAAAGACAGGACUGAAUAAGUUAGGCGAGUGUAUUUAUACUUUACUCGCUUCUUCUGAAGCCACUUUCGUUCCUGUUUCGACUUUGGUUUCUUUGCAAGCAGCUUCACACUUAAUCUCAGCAAAGCAGCAACACAUUUUAAUUCUGUAUCGUGACAAGGAGUAACGUUAACUUGACAAGGUAACGUUAGGACAGCAUUUCAGCUUGACACAGCACACCAAGACGGUCUAAACGACUUUGUCACAUGGCGGGGUUGUGGAGAUCUUAUCAGGCUCUGAUGACCAGAUAUCCAUGGACGCUGCAGAUUAUAACUGCUGGUUCUCUGGUGGGAGCGGGCGAUGUCAUUUCCCAGCAGCUGAUUGAACGCCGUGGACUGGCCAAUCACAGCGUGAAACGUACCGCCAAGAUGAUGUGCAUUGGCUUCUUCUUCGUCGGUCCGGUUGUGGGUGGCUGGUAUAAAGUGCUGGAUAAACUUGUCACAGGUGGCACUAAAAGUGCAGCAAUGAAGAAAAUGCUCCUUGACCAGGUGGGCUUUGCUCCGUGUUUUUUGGGGGCUUUCCUGGGUAUAUCUGGAGCUCUUAAUGGAUUAACUGUGGAGGAAAAUGUAGCCAAGCUCAAGAGGGACUAUAAGGAUGCCUUGAUCUCCAAUUACUUUCUUUGGCCACCGGUGCAGAUGGCCAAUUUUUAUUUCGUCCCUCUUCACCACAGGUUGGCUGUUGUUCAGAUUGUGGCUGUCGUCUGGAAUUCUUACCUCUCCUGGAAAGCCAAUAAGAUGUAGAGAUUUACUACCUCCUACCUCACACAUGGGAACAUACUGCUUUGUUGUAGUUUGUUUCCGCAUCGAAUAAAUGUAGUUGCGUGUUUGGCUUACAGAUAUGAAUUGUAGUCACAAAUGUCCAAUUUGACUCAAAAAUGGAAUCUUUAUAUGCAGGAUGUAUAUUAACCGUUUACAUUUUAUCUAUAAUUAUGUGUUGGCAGUAAAUUGUUACUUACAAAAUGGUUUAUCGUUUGUCUGCUAUCUACUUGACAAAUUUUUGCUCUUGGAUAAAAUGAGCUGCAGGUCUGUUUGUUUUUACUGUGACGUACUACUUUGGGUGAUUUUAUAUAUUAUCUUUUUAGGUCACAGUGAUUAUGUUAAGGAACGUGAUUACUGGAGUUUUGUGCGUGUAUCAGUAGGUCAUUGCCUGAUACACUGAUACAUCUUAUGAGAUAAUACAAUACUUUGUAUAAAAAUUACCUUUAUAAUUUCCAAAACUGUACUGUUCACAUACGCUAUUUUUUUUAAUGUAGGUAUUUUAAUAACUUUUUAACCUAUUAAGGUUUGUCUAUUCUAAUGUAUAGACUAUAGCAGUAAUGUUGAUAUGAUAGCCUAUAUUUCUACUAAAAAUUACAUUAGUAUAGAAUACACUAAAAACUUGGCCUAAGUUUAUGUUUAUGUAGCACUAUGAUCAACCACUAGGCCCUGUUCUUUGCUUCCAUUGCCAAUAGGAUGUAGGGCGGCUGUUCCUCAGCUUGACUGCAAUUCACAGCUUCAAACUGCAAACCAGCUUUGGAGUGGACAAAGCUGUCGAUGGAUAACCGCAGUGUAUUUGCUGUCCGUCCAGCAGAUGCCAUUAAAGGGAUAGUUCACCCAAAAAUAAACAUUCUUUCGUCAUUUAUUCACCUUCGUGUCAUUCCAAACAUGUAUGACUUUCUUCUGGAGAACACAAAAGAAGAUAUUUAGAAGAAUGUUGGUAACCAAACAGCAUUGGCCCCGAUUGACAUCCAUCGAAUGGACCCAAAACCACUGAGACAUUUCUGACAUCUAUGUUUGUGUUUCACAGGAGAAAAGUCAUAUUGCAUGUUUUGAAUGACAUGAGGGUGAAUAAAUGGACAUUUUUUUUCAUUUUUGGGUGAAUAUGCAAUUAAUAAGAGCUCUACAAACAUCACAUUACCCAUAUUCAGCAUACAGUUCAUCAAGAAGGUAAAACUAAAGAUUUAAAAAUUUCUUAAAGAUAUCUGUGUCCAGUUAAAGUUUUAUCACCCCACAUGAUUGAAUGUUAGUCAGAAACACUCAACCGUGACUAAACCUCUACAUCUGGCUAUUUUUCUCUUCACACCCCAUAACAUGUUAUUUUUUACUCACAAUGCAUU